AUGGGGGCCUUGACGGGCUUGGCCUUCUGCGUGCUGGCAACCCUACUUGCCGCGGAGCGCAGCACGCGGCAUCUGCAGGUGUUUCUGGGGACCGAUGCAGAAGAGCACCAUGGCGACCACAGGGCCGACACCAAGCCUGGAAGCCGCACGCACAUCGAAGAGGUCACAGCCGGCAGCUUCACGAGGCUCGGCCCUGCUAUGUCUGAGUGUACCGGGCCGGAGGCCUUAAGGUCGGCCUUCCUGGAGCUCGGGGUCCCGGCUGAAGAGCUCACGCGUGAUCCGUGCUCCUGGCCCGGAGCUGGCUGCGAUGAAAGCGAGUGCGUGGUGAAGAUCGACUUGUCAGGGUGGCCGCUCUCGGGCCGUGUCGGAGUCCUUCCCAGGGAGCUCGAGUCACUGGACCUUUCAAACACCAAAGUCCACGGAAACACCAGCGCCUUGCAACACCUGACGCAGCUGAUGCACCUGGACCUCGGCAACACCCAAAUUGCCGGCAGUCUAGAGCCACUGGCUCCCCUCACCCAGCUGCGGGGCCUGGGCCUCUUCAACACCAAAAUUGCCGGCGACCUCCAGCCACUGGCUCCCCUUACAAAGCUGCAGCGCCUGAGCCUCCAUAACACCCAAAUUGCCGGCGACCUCCAGCCACUGGCUCCCCUUACAAAGCUGCAGCGCCUGCAACUCUCCAACACCCAAAUUGCUGGCAGUCUAGAGCCACUGGCUCCCCUCACCCAGCUGCGGUACCUUUCUCUCCCCAACACCCAAAUUGCCGGCGACCUCCAGCCACUGGCUCCCCUCAUCCAGCUGCAGUACUUGUACCUCCACAACGCCCAAAUUGCCGGCCACCUCCGACCACUGGCUCCCCUCACCCAGCUGCAGCUCCUGAGCCUCCAAAACACCCAAAUUGCCGGCGACCUCCAGCCACUGGCUCCCCUCACCCAGCUGCGAAACCUGAACCUCGCCCACACCCAAGUUGCCGGCGACCUCCAGCCACUGGCUCCCCUCACCCAAUUGCAGUACUUGCACCUCUACAACACCCAAAUUGCCGGCGACCUCCAGCCAUUGACUCCCCUCACCCAGCUGCAGCUCCUGAGCCUCCAAAACACCCAAAUUGCCGGCGACCUCCAGCCACUGGCUCCCCUCACCCAGCUGCGGUACCUGCACCUUUCCUCCACUCAAAUUGCCGGCGACCUCCAGCCACUGGCUCCCCUCACCCAGCUGCAUCUCCUGAGCCUCCAAAACACCCAAAUUGCCGGCGACCUCCAGCCACUCAAAGCCCUUGCCGAGCUGCAGAUCCUGCGUCUUGGAGGAGCCCCUGUGAGGGGCCAGAUUGAGUCGAUCUCAGCUCCACGCAAGUUCACGGGCGCCUUGCCAUUUCGUGGCCGGCUGAGGAAGCUUGCUACCCUCAACCUGGCGGUCGGGCCCUUGGACUUUCCAUGCGGCAGCCAGGCCGAGUUCCUUCCAAGCGGAAAAGAGCUCCAGCAGGAGCUCUUCAUCAAGGACUCGUCCCAGAAGCUCCUGCCAGCACUGAUGACCUUGGUGUCAGACUGCCCUCUCAAUGGUCCUGUGGAAGACCUCCUCGUGCCGCUGGCGGCUUCAGGGACACUCACCCGCCUGCUCGCCAAGCAUGCCAACCUCUCCGGGCAUGUGCCAGACAUAGAUUGCCUUAAGGGAGCAAGAGUAGAUGGCAAAAGCUGGGCUUCGUACUGCGGGCUUCCCUUGUCCAAGACGCUGCAAGCGCUAGACUUCUCGGGCAACAAGAUUUCCGGUGCGGACGCCGUGCAGGUCCAGAUGUACAUCUCGUUGGCCAACAACCCACCGAUUACGUUCGCAACUGGCACCUUACAGAGUGCCCUCAAAAAGAACCUUCAGCUGGACCUAAGUGGCACGGCCAUCACAAAACUCGCGGGAUAUCUCACGUCUCUUUGA